UAAUUGUCCUUGGUUUAGCGAUUCCCCAACAGUAUCGCGGCUCACGACCAACUCGGGUCAGCGCCAUCGAAACCGCAAGCCCCUCACACCCCUUGGACGUCGCCGAAGUCGUCGCCGACGAAGAUCAGUACAGCGCCCAUCCGCUGCUAGCGAGUUACCUUGCUACUAUUUGCAUACCUGGGCUGUAGCACUGGGAAACCUUAGCUUCCUCGCGUCGGUAUCCCACCUCCGUCGGCAACAUGAAGCUCUACUAUGUCGGCGUUCUCGACAACACGAAGAAACCUGCAGUACAGCUAUGCGCCGCACACGAGCUCAGCGACUUCUCUAGAUUUACGAGGAAUGAAUAUGGAAACUUCAUGACCAUGAUCAGCAAGACGGUGGCCGAGCGCACUUCAGCCGGGCAGAGACAAAGUGUUGAGGAGCAGGAUUACGUUGUCCACUGCUAUGCCCGCUCUGAAGGCGUUGCCGGAGUGGUUAUCACCAAGGACUACCCCCACAUUGCCGCACACAGUGUCCUCUCGAAGCUUAUGGACCAGUUCUUGUCCGAGGUUCCACUUGCCACCAUCAAGGCCGCCACAAAGGAUGGCGAUGUUUCGUUCCCGGCCCUACAGGAUUACCUGAACAAUUAUCAAGAUGCCAACCAGGCUAGCAGCAUCAGCCGGAUCCAACAAGAACUAGAUGAGACCAAGAUCAUCCUCCACAAGGCUAUCGAUAGCGUUCUGCAACGUGGCGAGAAGCUAGAUGACCUUGUCGCAAAGAGCUCGGAUCUCAGCGCCCAGAGCAAGAUGUUCUACAAGUCUGCCAAGAAGCAGAACUCGUGCUGCUUGGUUAUGUGAGAUGUGUCUUGAUGCCAAUCGGAAUCUGCAACUAGCCAGAGCCCAUGAAACGCGGCAUAGUACCCAGCUACCGGAACGGAUCACUACUUGCUUUGACAAGCGAGCAGAUGCUCUCGUCACGACUGCCGAUACAAUUAAUAGCCGGACGAUACACCAGUGUUUGGAUUCGAAUGCGC